ACAUGUCAAUCAAAACACCGCGGAAACCAUAGCAACCUGAUCAACCGGCCUCCCACAGCUGUCAAUCAAAGAACAUUGCUUCCUGCCGCGGCGGCUAAGGUUGUGGUCCGCUUCCAUCAUUUACAGGUCAACAUGUUGACAAAAGGGAUAAAGCGAAAAUUUUCUGAAGAACAAGCUGUGGAUGCCUGUCUUGAUCCAGUUGGCAGUAGUGUUAGUUUGCCAUACAACUUGCAACGCCAGUCACUUCUAAAUAUCUCAUUGUUCAAACUUCAGCUGUGCAAAAUGCUGGUGGAACCAAAUCUUUGUCGCUCAGUGCUUAUAGCAAACACAGUGCGACAGAUUCAGGAGGAAAUGAUACAAGAUUGCAGCUGGCAGGGACAAACUGCUUUCACAGGAAGUGAUCUCUACGUAGGUCAUACUUCCUCCGAUAGUCUAGUUGCUACAGACUUCUUAUGUACUCCAAUAAAAGAACAACAUGUGGAAAGCUCCACUGCCUCCGCAAGUAAUACCAGCAAUAUUACUAAAAGCAAGGUAAACUGUUCAUCUUGUGAGAAUAUUACUUGUUCUGCAGCUGCUGCUUCUGUUAAAGACGCCAGUACUGUAAAAGAUCUGGUUCAAGUGCAUUUUGAAAAUGAUCUGAAUAUGUUGGAAUCUGAGGAGCAGCAAGUGGAUCUAAAGGAAUGUCCAAAGCCCUUGGAUCAAGUAUUCGGGAGUUUUGAAAUUGCAAAUUACUCUAGCCCUCUCACAGACAUGACAAUAGAUGAUUUGUUUGCGGAUAUUGAUACCUCUUGGCACGAGCUUGACUCAGUUAUGUCUGGGUUGAUGACCAGUCCAAAAACGACACCAGUCAUAUUUGAAUUACUAAAUGGCUUGCCAUCACACACAUCAACACCCAUAAAUUCUGCCCAGAACUGUAAAACAGAUUUAACUGAGCUUGAUCACAUCAUGGAGAUUAUUGUUGGCUCAACAAAUGACGUGCUUCAAGCUUGUAUGCAGCAGGAGUUAGAUCACAUUCAGCUGUGGGCUGACAAGUAUAGUGCCCCAAAGACAGGAAAAAUUGAAAGAUUCAUGUUGGCUAAAGGACUGAAGCGCAAACUAAGUGAUUACGAAGAAAACAUGGCUGGUCUUCCUGGUGCCUUUGAUUCUAAUCCAGGGCUGCCAUAUACCUUGCAGAGACAGCUAGUACUUAACAUGUGCCUCAUCAAACUGCAGAGCUGUAGAAUGCUGGUAGAACCAAACUUGCAUCGUUCUGUUCUCAUAGCAAAUACUGUACGACAAAUUCAGGAAGAAAUGAGACAAGAGGGUAGUCACGAUGGCUCUAGCAGUUGCAAUGGACCAAAUCCAAUUCCAGACACGAGCAUACCAUGUCAAGGAGGUAUUGAAUUAACUGGAUCAUCUGUACUCAGUACCUCUCCAGAUUUGAAUGGUUCCUCAGAUUUUUCAGAGAGCCAGUUAGAGAAUUCUUUAGUGUUGGUUUCAGAUAAUGACAUGUCAUCUGCCAUUUCAUCAAUCCUCAAAGACUUGGAUUUCAUGGAAGACAUCAGUCCAUCUCCUUGUCCAAUACCUGCAGAUGAGAGUGAUGCAUAUGUACACUUGCCUCUUGAAGACCGUACGCAAGAAACUAGGCCUGUGGAAACUGUAUUUGGCUCUUUUGAAAUCAGCAAUUCAACGAGUUAUCUAACAGACCUUGCUUUUGAUGACAUAUUUGAAGACAUUGACACAUCGAUGUACGACUCUGAUUUGUGUUUGCUCCCUUCGACAUCUGUUAGAUCGCCACCAGCUAUCGUGGAUGAUGUUCCAAAACCCUUCCAGUUAUGUAACUCAACGUCAGUGAAUACCAUUCAGAUCUGUCGAGUAGACUUGAGUGAUCUGGACCACAUCAUGGAGAUUCUUGUAGGAUCUUAACCCAUAGGAAUGCUUCAGAAUUUUGGGUGCUUGUCUUCCUUAUUAUUUAAAAUGGCUUUAUCUGCAUCAAUAUUAAUGGAAAAAGCCACCAUCUUAGCAAACUACAAUUCAGUCUUUUCAUCUUAAAGUGUAAAUAGUACAAACUUCAAUUACUUUGACAUAAAAACCUUGUAAACAAAAGACUACAGGGAACACCUAAGCAAUUAGCAUAUGGAACUUUGGAAGGCGAAAUGUAUGCUACUGUUGACAACUUCUGAUUUGCAAUCCAGAAAUGUGGCCAUAACAUAACCACUUGGGUUAUUUUUUAAAGGAAUAAGAUUGUUUUUAUGAAAUUAAUGUAUUUCCAUAAGACAGAAUAUUAAUUCAAUAAGUUUUAAAUGGGGACAAAUGUUUUGUUUCUGCCCACCUACUGGCAGUUUUCUGUCUAUAUCCAAAGUGUGGGAGGAACUAAUACUCUGAAAUCAUUUUGAUGAGCAUAUUUAUUCUAUCAACUGGAGCACAUAACUUGUUACUUCCCUGAAGGUUUUUUAAAUAGGGUAUUACUAUACCAACAAAGGCACCUUUAUCAAAAGGUUACAGGAAUGUUUUAUAUGACAUCUAAGCUAUUUAUUUUUUUAGAAUUUUGUACUCUAAAUAUCAGUGUUCGUGUGUCUUGUUUGGUCUUUAUUUCGAGUCUGACAUGCUUUGCUGUUGGAUUUGGUUUACACUACCUCUUCCAAGAUCUAACAAUAAAGCUUUGUUAAAGAUAAAUAUGCUGUACAUGAGCAGGUAGACUUUUUGGAUUUUAAAAUGUUUGUGAGAAAAGCUUUUUUAAUUUAUCCAGAGCAAUGCAACUACAUAAAUGAUCAUGUUGAAUACUUGUUAAUCUUGUAUCUGCUUUUAAACUAAUGCCUUCUAAUGAUUUGUACCAUUGAUAUGAACACGUUCAUGAUUUGGACUCACUGCCAUGCUCCAACAAAUAACUGGGAAGAAGAUGAUAGUUAAUAUAAAAUAAAGUUUGAAAUGUAUCAAGUUAUUCAUACCCUUAAGCAACUAAACAUUUCCAGAAAAUGUUACCACAUUUACAUUGCAUUGUUUAGUAAUAACAUGUAUAAGUUGGAAGUGGUGGCCUUAUAAUUUAAUAUAUGAAAUGAUUAUAUUGUGGAAAAAUCCAAAUUUUUACAGAGUUGAGCACAAUCUAGGUUUACAGUUUACUGUUAUAAUGGAGGGACUGCUUCAUUAGCAGUUUCUGUUUUUCAGGUAAGAUGUAAAUCUAGGCUAUGAACAGCAUGUAGCAUUUGGACAAAAUGCCAGGUCUUGUUAUCUUUUGUUAAGCAACUUAAGCAAAUGGAUUGGAAUUGUUUAUUCUUGCCACAUGGACUGAGGUAUAGUGCAAAGCACAAAACUACUGAAUUAUGCAAAACAUAAUUUGUAUAUGAUUGUGCGUGCAUUUCUCAAAUUCAUUCAAUGAAAGUAGUGUUUUCCAUUGAAUACUAAAAUACCGUCAUUUUUCACUUUGUCUGUUCUUCAUCUUAUCUACCUUUCUCAGUCAACUUGAUCCUCCCCAAAAGCUGACAGGACAGUUAUGCUAGUAUUCUGACUGCCAUAUCUUCAGACCCAAAUUAAUUUUUAAAAACUUGCUCUUCUCUUGCUCAGCAUACAUCAGCUGUGCUGUUGUAUCUUUUGUACGAUUACUGAUGCAAAGCUACCCUACAUUUUUGAAAUAUAUGCUUCAAGUUUGUGAGAAAGGCACUCUAUAAAUUCAAGUUUCUUAGUUGCAGAGAAAUUGGGAGCUUCUUUCUCAAGGAGAGCAUUUGAGAUGUGAUUCUAUUAUUCUUUCAAUACUAUAACUUUGCAAUUUUGUUAGUAUGUCCUAUCUCAUGCAUUCUGGAUAACCUUCUCUUGCACUGUUAAUGGAAUGAGAGCAAUAGUGAAUUUAGGUGAGAUGGGAAGGGCCCCAAUGUUUCAAUGCCACAGGUGCUUUCUAAAGUUCUAUAUGAAAUGAGUGGCAUAUUGCUGAUAACAUUUAAGUUGCAUUAUGUUAUGUGAUAAGUGGCUGUUGAUGUUUAGAUAAUUGGAAAUGUCAUUUGUGCAAGAAUAUGUAGUGGAAGGCAAUUGUGAUCUUGCACUGGCAUGUCAGACUAGGCUGUAAGUCAACCCUUCCUGCAUGAGGUUUAGACGAUCACCUGCAAUUGGAAUUGUUAAACAUUUUAUUUCAAUCUUCUCCUAUAACUAUUUAGUGUAGCCUGUUUUUUUUCUUUAUUUUCCGACAGAAUUGCUAGUCCAUUAAAUUGUAUAUUUGGCUGUUAAGCACCUGUCUGUUUUUCAUUUCAUUUAGAUGCACAUUUGUUCCUCUCAGUAUUGAGAACAUGUGAUCUUGUACAGUGUAUAUAUAAUUCCUUGAUGUAAUUUACAAAGUUUGUAAUUUAAUUGAGAAACACUUUUUUUUGCUUCCCCCCCCCCCUCCUAUCCCCAAUUCCACUUUAUGCUACAAUUGAUCUUUAUGGGGCUGGAAUAGAAAUUUAGAAAUUGAGUUUAUGUGCAAGUUGUGAAAUUGUGCACAAAUCCCUUAUUAAUAUGUAGGCCAAAAGCUCAAUGGCCUAUUCCUGCCAAGUGCAUUAUGAAAUCUCCACUUCUAGAAUGUUUGGGUGUGCAAUAAAUUGUUUAAUUUCUUGUAUAUUGUUGAAUGAAAUGUGCUUCCUAUAUGGUUCAUUUGGUUAAGUUUCUAGACACAAAUUUUAUUAAUGCACUUUGGUACUAAGUGUAUGCUAGUUGCAUUGUAUUUGAUUUUUGGAAUUAUUCUAUUUUCAUUAGUUACCCAUUCUAUAGUUGGUUUCAACACUUAAUCCCAAAUAUUUAAAUCUAAGACCUGUGGAAAAAUUAGUUUGUAUUAGAUUGUGAAACCACUAAGAUCUAUUUUUAGUGAGUUUAGGGAACAGUCACUUUUUGGUCCCUUACUAACUUAGAUUUUGAUCAAUGUUUUAAUGCACAGCAACAUUUAAUUUUUUUCCCCCCUAGAAGUAAAGUUUUAACUUAAAUCAAGCUUUUGGAAAAGGGAAACUGAUCAAUGCUCAGCUAUCUAACCUGUAACAGUUAUAAUCCAUUAAUGAAUUUUUUAUUGAAAGGAAGUCUGUAGGAGUUCUGACAAUACAUCCUCAGGAAGUGACAACUUUCAAUUUCCUGAGGUACUUGAAACAACCUCCACAACUGACCUUGUGUGGUACUAUCUCCCUCUGAUUUUGUGCAUAUUCAACAGAAAGUUCCAACCAUUGUUUUGGUGAAAUAUUAUCAGUAAUGUUUUGAUUAAAUUAACAGCAUCUGUCAAGUUAUCUAUGAAGGAGACAAAUUUGCUAUUUAUAUUUUCACUAUUAAAGAUACUAUAUUUCAUAACAAAUCUUGAAUUUAAAAGGACAAGGCCAAUUCUAUAACUAAUGCAACUUGAAUUUCAGUUGGUAUUGUUUUAGUUGGUUAAUACUCACUUCAGCACUGAGAUUAACCAUGGUAUAAUAGAAUUUAUUUUCUCAAACAUGCAUAGUAUACUUAGUAUUCUAUUUCUAUUUUUAAAAUAAGUAAUUUUGAAUGAUUUAGAAAUUUCAAAGUGAUGUCUCUAUUUACUACUAUUGCAGUAUGUUUGUAACAAGUCGGUUAUAUUUAAACAUUUACAUUUUCUUUCCAUGUUGAGAAUAAAGUUCAGGUAAAUCAUUAAAUAGUGGUUGUACGUUUAUUGAAAAAUAAAAGAUUGUUUAAUCCACCAACAUUUUAUACAUUUAGUAAGGAGCAACAUCCAGUUCUGAAGGCAAUAAUGAGUUCACAAGAUCCAUUCCUCGGGCCCAGUACAAGUAUCCACAAACAAGCCCACACUUGCAAUGCAAAGACUGUACAGCUCAGGCACAGGCUAAAGAGUGAACAAUGAGUUAGACACUGGACAUAGAUCUAGAUCUUGCAUUGCUAAACUGCCCUGUGAAAGGAAACAAAUGUGUACUGUGGCAAACCUACAACUGUGGGGACUGAUUAACAGGUACGAUUAUCACAGAAGGGUGAGAUCUAGGCUAGCUAUGUUUUGCUCAGUCAAACUGCUUUCAAAGCUGCCUUACUUGGGACAUGCAGAAUCCUGCUUGAAAGGCUCAGCAGCUCGCUCUUGUGAGAUGACCUGGUUCUGUAUCAUGCCGUAAGGUUGAUACGUAUUCCUUCAAAGCCUUGUCAGGCUGGCUCUGUGCUAUAAGUGGCUGACAGCUCCAGGUACGUUUUGGAGUCAGCUCAUGCUGCUUGCUUUACUGCAAGUCAACACACGGUUCUCAGUUACAUUAUGAGCAUAGAUAUUACCCUUGAGUAGAAAGUGUGAAAGACAUGUUUAACUUGUUAGUUAGAACAAAUUCUGAACAGGUCUAUAAAGUUUUUACCAUCUGAACUUCACAAUUGAUACUCUUUAGGUGCCCAUGAAUCUUGACCAGCCCUAGUUGUUUUUUCACCCUAUCUAAUCUCCAAUACACUUUCUCAGAUGGGCAUAGAAUGUCCAAUUAAUAUUCUUACUAAUUAACAGUAUUUGCAAUUUCAUAAUCUUUUAUCUGUGCAUUGGUCAUAUUUGAAUAUGGCAGGUUAUACAUGUAUGUAUAGGACAAACUAUACCUGAGCUUUUUCCCAACCCUGGCACUGGUUCAUUUACCAAUUUGCUUGUUUAGUAGAAAACUGGAUGAAAAUAAAUUUCCGUCAACUAAAUAGUGGAAGGAGUACAACUAUCCAAUCCUUGAGACAGUUUUUAAUCUACAGUAGUGAUCAAACAGUUUGUUGUCUUCUGCACUCUGGUUGAUCUUACAUUGGCCCUGUUAAUAGUUACUAUUCUAUAGAUUUGCUGAGUAUGCCCACAAGAAAAUGAAUCUCAGGGUGGUUUCCGGUGACAUAUAUAUACACUUUGAUAAAACAAUUUACUUUUAAUGUUAAUCCAUCCUUUUGUCUGAGAUGUUCAUACUACACAUCACAAUUGCUUAAUACUGCACCAGCUGUAAAUACAACUUCUUUGCCCAGAUCUAUCACCAUCAAGACAGCACAUCAACUGUAGAUGUAAGAGGAGUACACAAUGACACGUCAAAAGCACCAGUGGGCAUGUCUAAACAAAUGAAGUGCCAGCCUGCAAUGGCAAUAACCUAGCAUAUAACAGUAAACAACAACAAUCAGACCAAAGCAAUUCCACCACACUGGAGGUUGAGUCCUGCAAUCUUGUCAACGGUACUGGUAAUAAACGUAACAUCUGGAGUGAUAGAUUUGCUUUUGCACAAAGUACCAUUUGCACUUCCUCAGAAAAUGAGGCAUCCAAGACCCUGAUGACAUUCAAACACAUCUUCAAUCACAACCUUCCCACCAUCAACGUGCAGGAAGUUAAUCACAACCUCGGUUGGAUCAGUCACGUAAAUAUUCUGGUAAAAGCAGGAAGUCAAAAACCAGGUAUCCUGCAAGUGACUUAAACUCCUGCCACUCACUUUCCACCAUUUGUGAAGCAGGAGCAUGAUAGCAGAUGCUCCAGUUGUCAAGAUAAGUACAGUUCCAACAACACUCACAAGAGCUCAGCAAUAUUCCAAGACAAAGCAAUCACUUGAUUGUCACCUCAUCCAUCUCCUGGGCAAUCAUUCCCUUCUCUGCUUGCAUCCUCUGGCUACAUUGUGUGACAUGUAAAACACACAAGUUAUUUACAAACAAACAUAAAAAACCUACAGCACAAUACAGUCCCUUUGGCCCACAAAGUUGUGCCGAGCAUGUCCUUAACAUAGAACUACUUAGGCUUACCCAUAGCCCUCUAUUUUUCUAAGCUCCAUGUAUCCAACCAAAAGUCUCUUAAAAGAUCCUAUUGUUUCCGCCUCCACCGCUGCAGCCAGCCCAUUCCACUCACUCACCACUCUCCGCGUAAAAAACCUACCCCUGACAUCUCUGUACCUACUUCCAAGCACCUUAACAUAUGCCCGCUCAUGCUACCCAUUUCAGCCCUUGGAAAUAGCCUCUGACUAUCCACACGAUCAAUGCCUCUCAUUAUCUUGGUCACUUCUCAUCCUCUGUUGCUCCAAGGAGAAAAGGCCGUGUUCACUCAACCUGUUCUCAUAAGGCAUGCUCCCCAAUCCAGGCAACAUCCUUGUAAAUCUCCUCUGCACCCUUUCUAUGGUUUCCACAUCCUUCCUGUAGUGAGGCAACCAGAACUGAGCACAUUACUCCAAGUGGGGUC